AUGAAACUGUUUGCGCGCUGUAAAAAUUUGAUUGUCCUCUCCAAAGAAAAGAAACAGUUACACACACAACAACCCCUCUCUCUGAUGGAAGAUACUGAGCUUCUUCUCCAAAUUGAACCCUCUGAACUCACAUUUCACCUUGAAUUGGCUAAACUGAGUUCAUGUUCUGUUAAACUUGCAAACCAGACCACUCACUAUGUUGCCUUCAAGGUUUUAACAACAAGGCCUAAGAAAUACUGUGUCAUACCAAAUGUCGGAAUCAUCGCACCACAGGAAACAUGUGAAGUUACUGUAACCACGAAAGCUCCGCGAACAGCUCCGAUUGAUUUUGAAUGCAAAGACAAAUUCCUUAUUCAAAGUAGGAUUGUUUCUCCCGAUGACAUCCUUUUGAAAAGUAGUGGCGGUGGGCGUGUUGAGGAGAAGGAGCUCAACGUAGUGUUUCUUCCACCAAAAGUAGAUUUGGAGCUAGAGGAGGAUUCAUCCAAUUCUAACCCAAACCCAAUUCAUGUGCAAAAUGAAGAUUUGAAGCAGGAGGUGGAUUCAUCCCAUUCCAGCCCAAAUCAUGAUUUGAAGCAGGAGGAUUAUGACUCAUCCAAUUCUAAUCCAAUUGAUGUGCAAACUUUGAAGGAGGAGGAACUGGAUCCAUUAAACCUAACUCAUGUGCAAACUCUGAUGCAAGAGGAUCAGGAUUCAUCAAAUUCCAAUUCAUUUCAUGUGCAAAGUGAAAACCGGCACAGUGUAUACUCUGUGAUUGUUGGGGAGACAGAGGGAGUUCAUGUAACAAGAAAACAAGACACCACGAACUUGGCAAAUAAUAUUGAGGAAUUGAAGGAGGACUUGCAUCCAUCCAAUUCCAACCCAAUUCUCAUGCAAAGUGAAAACCUGUCCACCGUGCACCCUGUGAUUUUCGAGGAGACAAAGGAAGUCCAUGUGUCAAGAAAACAAGACACCCCAAUAACCAUACCUGACAUCUUUACUCAAAUACUUAAGAAAUUGAGUAUAUGUGUCACAUCUCUUAUAAUGUCUUCACUUCUUCCAUUCUUAACCAAUGUGAGACUUCAACUCGUUCAACUCACACUUCAAUUCUCAAAGGCGAUAUGGAUGAGGAUAAUACAACGGAUGAGAAUAUUUGUCAUGAAUCACUCAAAUGAUGUUGCACAAGUGAACCUGGCAAAGAAUAUUGAGGAAUUGGAGAAGGAUGUUGAGAAGUUGAAGUCAAAUAUAAGUGCAAUAUCAAUUGGCUUUACCGAAUGUAAUCUCCACAAUAAGGAUCAAUGA